GCCUGGACUAGUGGCAGUUCAGACAGGGAAGAGAAGCAGCUCUUCGCAUCUCCAGCGAAAGCGGUUUUUCACUCACCAAGUUUGCCAGAGGACAAAUCACCCGGAUUUUUGCUGCAGCUUCCAGCUUCUUUGUGCAUCUCCGUGGGAUUUCCUCCGGCGGGGACUUUGAGAUUCUCGGCAGGGCUGGACAUCUUAUCCAACUCCUCUCCUUGUUCCUGGAGGAUCCUGGUUCUCUCUGGGACACCCCUGAGCACGUGAGACCGGCGUUUCCAGUUGGGCACCGGGAGAAAUUUGCCUACAACUCUCUCUGGGAUCCACGUGGACCGGCAAGCUCGCUCUGYGGUGAUAUCUGAUUGGGUUGUGUUUGUGUCCAAAAGUCCUUGGAGGGGGGUUUAGAAGUCUCUGUGUGUCUUUCAGGAAGUGUUGUGGUGGGGGUUUUCGGGCUCCAGCUCUAGUGCCAGGGCUUUAUAACCCAGUUAUUACCCAGUUUUUUCCGUGUUUGCCGCUCGCACGGUCGGAGCCAUGCAGCUGGAUAAUGUCACCAGCGCGGGCAUCCACUCCUUCCAGGGGCACCGUGGAGUGGCCAACAAGCCCAAUGUGAUCUUGCAGAUAGGGAAGUGCAGGGCAGAAAUGUUGGAGCAYGUCCGGAGGACCCACCGGCACCUCCUGACCGAGGUCUCCAAGCAGGUGGAGCGGGAGCUGAAGGGAUUGCAGAAAUCGGUGGGGAAGUUGGAGAACAACUUAGAGGACCAUGUCCCAACYGAAAACCAGAGAUGGAAAAAGUCCAUCAAGGCCUGCCUGGCCAGGUGCCAGGAGACCAUUGCCCACCUGGAGAGGUGGGUCAAGAGGGAGAUGAAUGUUUGGAAGGAGGUCUUUUUCCGCCUGGAAAAGUGGGCUGACCGCCUGGAGUCCAUGGGAGGCAAAUACUGCCCUGGGGAGCAGGGCAAGCAGACGGUGUCUGUCGGGGUGGGMGGCCCGGAGAUAAGGCCAGGUGAGGGCGAGAUUUAUGAUUACGCCCUGGACAUGAGCCAGAUGUAUGCCCUGACCCCUCCUCCCGGGGAGGUGCCCAGCAUCCCCCAGGGCCACGAUUCCUACCAGUGGGUCUCCGUGUCRGAGGACGCUCCAGCCUCCCCCGUGGAGACCCAGGUGUUUGAGGAUCCCMGGGAGUUUUUGAGCCACUUGGAGGAAUACUUAAAGCAGGUGGGUGGGACAGAGGAGUAUUGGCUGUCUCAGAUCCAAAACCACAUGAACGGCCCAGCUAAAAAGUGGUGGGAGUACAAGCAGGACUCCGUGAAAAACUGGGUUGAGUUCAAGAAGGAGUUCCUGCAGUACAGCGAGGGAACUCUGACUAGGGAUGCCAUCAAAAGGGAGCUGGAUCUGCCCCAGAAAGAGGGGGAGCCCCUGGAUCAGUUCCUCUGGCGCAAGAGAGACCUGUACCAGACCCUUUAUGUGGAUGCAGACGAGGAGGAGAUUAUCCAGUACGUGGUAGGAACCCUCCAGCCCAAACUGAAGCGUUUCCUGAGCUACCCCCUGCCCAAGACCUUAGAGCAGCUGAUCCAGAGGGGCAAAGAAGCCCAAGGCACCAUGGAGCACUCUGAGGAGCCCAGCCCACAGAGGACCCCYGAGGUUCAGCCAGGAGACUCCGUGGAGACCGUGCCCCCCUCAACCACUGCCAGUCCCGCGCCGAGCAAUGGGACUCAACCAGAGCCCCCCAGCCCCCCCACCACCGUCAUAUGAGCUCCCCUGAGGGAGGUCUGGGUCAUGUGGAAGGGAGAAGGGGGCUUAUUUAGGAAGCUUCUCCUUGGAGGGAGGUUCUGGCUGAGACGAGAGCUGAGGAGUGCUCAGUCCAACAGCCCAGAGCAGAGGGGUUGACUUUGCUCGUGGGGGGAGGGAGGUGGUGGGGGAGAGGCGCCUCAGGAUGGGGCUGCCCACCUCACCUGAGCCAUGCCACGCCGUGGUGCUGGGGACCCUGCUGGCACCACUGCGGGGAACAACCAAUUCCAUGAGAAUUCCCUGAUGAGAAACCAGAGACAAUUCCCAACUUGUGGAGCAGCCGCUGGGCGCCRGCGGCUCUCAAGGACUUCACACAAGUGCAGCAGUUGGUGGAGGGUUCCUACCCAUCUGGAUCUCUUCUUUUUCCUUCUCUYCUCCCUCUUCUGAGGGGGUGGCCCUGUCCUGAGGGGACAGCUUUCUUUUGACCCUUGCCUGUUUCUGAUUAACCUCUGGGUUUCUUUUCACUUGGCAAUCUCCUGCUCUUACUUGCUCCAAAGGAUUAAUUUUUAAAAUUUUUUUUUGUUUGUUUUAAGAAGAAAAAAAAAAAAAUCCUAUUACUGCAGGAACCUAAAGCUUUAAGAACCUGGAUUAUUUUCUGUGGUUUUCAUUUCAYUGCACCUAGUAAUACCUGCUUUAAUGUGUUUCCUCUCAAGAGGCUCUUACUGGUUUACUUCUUGUCUUAGUUUCUGCUCACUCUAAUUCAAGGCCACUGCAGUGCAGAGGCGAAUUUCCUCCUUUCUCUGCACAUUAUCCUGUGCAUUCAGCAGGAAACAGAUUUUCUAAUUAAAUUCUGAGCUCAUUUAUUGAAGGAGCCGUCUCCUUCCUUUCAGAGAAGAGAGGGUUUUCAAGGUAGAGAGAGGAGACACCAGAGCGCUUUUGAGAGAGUGGGGGGAGGGAAGGGAAAUAAAUCCUUAUUCUUUGAAUGAAACAAACAAACACAGCCUAAAUCCAGAGCAAAAUAUCCCCAGAGCAGCAAAUCGAGUCCAUGCUGAUGUGUGGAGACAACAGGAGCUUUUGCCAUGUAAAAGCCAAAAGAAKUGAAGAGAGGAUCUGUGUGCCCCAGCACAGUUUUAGCCUGUGCAUCACAGCAAGGAAUUCCUGCUCACACAGACAGACUCCAAAUGCCCUUGGAAAGYCUGGCACCGCUGUCCUGAAGCACCUGAGGACAGAGUGGUUGGUGCUCACAGAGAACUUCCUGCAACAUCUYGCCACGGAUGGAGAUGGACUUGGACUUUGUGACUUUCUCCGUGUUGAGAYGGGAAAUGCUCAGUGCUCGCCUUUGGCCAGCGUUUGAUGAUCGGACUGGGAGAUGAAAGACAUUCCUGAAAUUUGGCUCUCCAAAGCUUCCUGAGGCUGGACACAUCUUGGGCAUCAUCUGCAUCCAGCACCAGACCUAACAGCAGGGAUGCAGCAGAAGGAGUGACCCUGGGAUGCUCCUGGCACUGCCACAGUGGUGACAUGUGGCACUGGUGGCACCUUUGCUGUGAAUCCUUCCAAGAGGCUGAAGUGACUCACUCAGAUCCUCCUCUGAGAAGGAAUCACUUCGCAGCAUUCAGCAUUUGGAAGGAAAGAAACAGAAAAAAAGCUGCAAAACAGGGGCCUCAGCAUCAGAUCUGCUCUCAGGACCCUCAGCCACCAUCUGCCAGAUCCACCACCUGAAGGAAAGUCUGGCACAGAGAUCCCUGCUGCUGUUGCUGAGUUUCCUUCUCUGUGCCCAAGAGCUUUCCCAGGAGAGAAGCAAGUGCUGCAGGAAAACAGAAGGCAGAUCUUGCACCAAAGAGCCUCCCAUGCAGUGCAAUGCCAUAUUCAAGGUGCUGAGAGCCAGAAU